CGUUACUGUUCUUCUGUUGGUCUGAUCCCAUGUCAUUCUCUUGAAAGUCGCAGAAAGGGAUUCUUUUUCGUCCUCUGGUCUGGAGUUCGUGUGGGUACUGUUCCUGCAAUUUCUUGCUUCUUCUGGGAAUGUUGGUCCAUAGGAGGGUGAUGAGCUGGAGGAAAGUGGCCCUGUCUCUUCAAGCUCUCGUGGCCCAUGGCUUGCUCUUCUCCUUCACGCUCUUGCUUGCACUCAAGCUUCAACAUGCUCUGCCUUACUCUUGGUGGAUCAUAUUUGCUCCUCUGUGGCUCUUUCAUGCAGUUGUAGCACGAGGCAGGUUUUCCUUGCCUGCUCCUUCACCGCCUCAUGAUCGCCAUUGGGCACCCUGUCACGCUAUCAUGGAAACGCCAUUGCUUGUUGCUUUUGAACUACUCCUUUGUAUACAUCUCGAGGGCAGUUAUGUCGUAAACUUGAAGACUGUCUUUCUGCCCUUGUUGAUAUUUGAAAUAGCAAUUCUGGUCGAUAAUAUCAGGAUGUGUAGGGCUUUAAUGCCUGGAGAUGAAGAAAGCAUGAGUGAUGAGGCAAUAUGGGAGACUCUUCCUCAUUUCUGGGUCGCAAUUUCUAUGGUCUUCUUUAUUGCUGCAACAACAUUCACUCUUCUAAAGAUAUGUGGUGACAUAGCUGCUCUAGGCUGGUGGGACUUAUUUAUAAACUUUGGCAUUGCAGAGUGCUUUGCCUUUCUUGUUUGCACAAAGUGGUAUAAUCCAGCUAUUCAUAGGCGGUCAAACAUUAGGGAAUCGUCUUCAUCUUCAAUGACUAGUAGAUAUCUUAACUGGAAUAGAGGCUUAGUGGUUUCUUCAGAUGAAGACCGGCACCAGCGUGGAAUGUGUAACCUGCAGGACAUUGGUGGACAUGUUAUGAAAGUUCCUUUUGUCACUUUCCAGAUCCUUCUUUUUAUGCGCUUAGAGGGAACACCAUCUGGAGCUAGACAUAUCUCAUUUCCAGUUCUUUUUGCUCCUCUUUUUUUGUUGCAAGGAGUUGGGGUCUUAUUUGCUGCAUAUAGAUUGGUGGAGAAAAUUGUUCUUUUAGUGCACAGCGACAUUGGCUCUGGAACAUACUCUGCUCUAGUAUCAAAAGCUCGCGAAUUUUUUGGAUUUUUGCACCAUGGAUCGAAGUUGCUUGGUUGGUGGUCGAUCGAUGAAGGAAGUCAAGAGGAACAGGCUAGACUUUAUAAUGCUGAGGUUUCUGGGUAUAACACUUUUGCACCUGAUAUUGUGAAGAAAAUGCCUAAACCAGAUCUUGUUGAGGAGAUCUGGAGAUUACAAGCUGCACUUGGUGAGCAAACAGAGAUUACGAAGUUUAGCCAGCAGGAGUAUGAAAGGCUUCAAAAUGAGAAGAUCCUAUGUAGAGUAUGCUUUGAGGAACAGAUUAAUGUGGUCCUUCUUCCAUGCAGGCACCACAUCCUUUGCAGCACAUGCUGUGACAAGUGUAAAAAGUGCCCCAUCUGCCGUGUCCCUAUAGAAGAGCGGUUGCCUGUAUAUGAUGUGUAGUUUCAAGUCAGACUGGAAGGGUAGGGGUAGGGCUUCCACCAAUUUCCUACAUCGUUGCUUGUAUUUUUAAAUCAAGCAAGCACUAAGAAACUGGCAGAUUUGGUUAUUUUGGUCACUUCAUGUGAGUGUAAAAUAUGAUGUCAAUAACUGUAUAUAUAUAUAGAUAUAUAUAUAUACAUACAUGUACUAGUUUGUCCCGCACAAUCAAUGAAAGCUCAGCUGUUUUGCAUG